CAACAUUCCACUAACGCGUUUUCUCCGAAUCUCAUGAACAUGGCGAACUCCAUCAAAAACGUUGCUAUUCUGGGUGCUACAGGUCACGUAGGAAUCCAUUUCGUCAACGAACUUCUCAAGACCGGAAAACACACCGUCACCGCCAUCACCCGCCAUGAAAGCACAGCUACCUUCCCAGAAGGCGUGAAAGUUGCUCGCGCCGACUAUUCCUCAGAAGAUUCCCUCGUUUCAGUCCUUAAAGGCCAUGACAUUGUCGUCAUCACUCUCCCAAGCACUACAGGUCCAGAACUUCACGAAUUCAUCGUGAAGUCAGCCGUUAAAGCGGGUAUAUCCUGGAUCGUCCCGAACGUGUACGGCUCAGACCCCAACAACGACAGCCUCAAUGAGGACUGGGCCUUCGGACCCACCACCCGCGCGAACGUCAAGCACGUCGUGGAUAGCGGCGCUAAUUGGAUCGUCAUGACCGGCGGCUACUGGUAUACAUGGAGUCUGCUUGCCGGCGAACUAGCCUACGGCAUCGACAUCAAGAACAAGAAAGCCGUCUUCUUCGACGACGGAACUGUGAAGCUCAACACCAGCACUUUCUCGCUGUACGGAAAGGCUCUCGCUGCGUUGCUAAGCCUGCCUGUCACUAAGGAAGCUGACGGUAAAUCCGCGCUCGAGGACUGGAAGAACAAACCGUUGUUUUUCUCGAGCUUUUUGGUCAGCCAGCGGGACAUGCUUGAUAGUGUGCAUCGUUUCAUGGGUACCACAGAUAAUGACUGGACUAUCGAGCAUGUUGAUUCGAAGAAACGGGUAGCUGAGGGCUGGGAGACGCUCAAGCAGGGCGACCGUCGCGGGUUCGUCAGGGCUAUGUACACGAGGACAUUUUAUCCUAAUGGAGGUGGUGAUUAUCAGAGUGCGAAUGGUCUGCAAAACGAUAUUUUGGGACUACCAGAGGAGGAUUUGGAUACUGCUACGAAGGAAGCUGUUGAUGCGGUUGCUUAG